AUGGCACACGGCCUAAAGUGUGAGCUGCCUGAAAAGCUCCCAUCGCUCGUCCCGCCAAACACCACUCUCUACAUCGCAACCAACGAGCCACACCCCCACUUCUUUGACCCUCUUAAGGCUGCAUACAGCGUGUACAUUCAAGACGAUUUUGAAUCUCUCUGGGCCAAAGGGUCGGCGUGGGAAGCCGAGAUGAGGGAGGUUGCGGCUUUGGUGGGUGUGGCGGUGGGGGAGAGGGUGGAGUUUGGCAGUGAGAUGCAGGUGCUGGUGGACUAUGCGCUCAAGAAGCUUGCGAGGCGGACAGUGGAGACGUUUAACGACCUGACUGAUGAUCCCAAGGACGGUGAGAUGCGGUGGAGAGUGGUGACAUGCGGUGGAGAGGGGUUGUUGGGGGAGUUUGGCAGUGAGAUGCAGAUGCUGGCGGAUUAUGCGAUCCAGAAGGUUGCGAGGAGGGCGGUGGAGAUGUUUAACGACCUGACUGAUGAUCCCAAGGACGGUGAGAUGCGGUGGAGAGCGGCGGGAAGGAGGAGGGGAGGUGGUGGGAAGGUGGAGCGGAAGUGGUGGGGAAGUGUUGGGGAGUGCUGGGGAGGUGGUGGGAAGGUGGUGUGUGUGUGA